AGAAUCCUUUGUCUUUAGUGUUCUUGCCAUGGAAGAACACGAGGAGAAAACCAUCAUCACCAAGUUCGCGAAAUCCAAAUUCUUCUUCCCCAAAGUUAUUCGCAUUUCAGCAACGGAUCACAACGCCACAGACUCCUCUAGCGAAGAAGAAGACGACGAAGAAAAGCUUAUUCACCUUCACAGAGUUAAGAGAGUGGUUAGUGAGAUAAGAAUUGUGCAUGCAAACAAAACAAAAGGGCACAACAAAAACAUGGACAAUAACAACGAUAGUUGUUGUUCGACCAAGUACAAGGAAGCUAUGAAACAGCAACACCACCAACAAAAACAAGAGCACAAGUUUCGCGGCGUGCGGCAGCGGCCAUGGGGACGGUGGGCCGCUGAGAUAAGAGACCCUAUACGGCGGAAACGAGUGUGGCUUGGAACCUUCGACACGGCAGAAGAAGCAGCUGUGGUUUACGACAGAGCAGCUAUAAACCUCAGAGGUGCCGAUGCUGUCACUAAUUUCAUCAAACCGCCGUUGAAAGAGUGUGAAAGUGGGGUUAAACGGAGGAGUUGUGGCGCAUGUGCUUCACCCACUUCGGUUCUGUUGUUUCAGCCUUGGAUGGAACCUUUGUCUUUGGAAGAAACAUUCAAAGAAGAAGUGUUUGAUGGGUUAAACGAUGAAGUUGAUAGUUUCUUGUUUUCUGAUCAUGCUCUUUAUGAGCAACCUCUUCCUACUGUGUUUUCUAACAUUGAUGUUUCGUUGGAUGAGGAUCUUGAAUCAUGUAAAUGGGAUGUAGAUAGCUUUUUCACUGAUGAUACUUUUCAAUAAUGAGAUGUGGAUUAAUUG